UCUGCCCGCUACCAGAUAUACCGUUAGAUAUGUGCGCGAUUGGAGAUACCGAGAAUGCAGUGGUCACUAACGGGCAAGUCCAUUUCUACUUUCUCCAAGAUGGAAGCCUGAGGUCAGGAAAGUUGAUCAAGGUUCACAAACAGUCAUCUGGUAUGGCAUAUUUCGCCGGCAAUCUAUAUGUGGCAACAAUGCCGAACCUUGUCAAGUACUCUAUUGAUGGGAAACAGGACAAGCUGUUAUAUAAAGACACGGAAGCCGGUGGACAAGUAACAAUUUCCCGAUGUGCAAUCAGCCGUGAAGGUCAAUUCAUCUACGUGACUGGACUCGACUGUCCAGGAUUGCUUGUACUUGACAUCUUUGGAAACAAACUCACAUUCGUUAAACACCUUGACAUGGUAUCCCCGCGUGGAUUGCACGUUGCUCCAGGUGGUCAGGUGUUUUUAUGCGGGACAGGUUCCAGCAUUGUCCUGCAACUCGACAGGGAACAUAAUAAAUUGGUAAAAGUGGCAGAUGGAAACGAUGGCCUUUGGUCGCCUCAGUGUGUAGUGCUGUUAAAUGGGAAAUCGCUAAUGAUUAUUGGACAAGAAGCAACAAAUAGCAUCUUAGUCUUACGUGUUUCCUGAAGUCAACACUUAGAUAACUAGGUGGCUAUGGAACAUUUGUUGAAACCGAUUGAUGCAUCAUUACAAAUUAAUAUUGAAGUUUUUUAUUCUUUAUUACACGAUAUUAAAUUUAGUAAAUUUCCCUUUCCAUUUUAAAGAGACUGCUUGUGUCACCUGCAUAGGAAUACCAUUAUAAUUCUUGCAAACAAAUCGAUGGAGAGUUUUCUAAUGCCUCUACAUUUAACCAAAAUGACCAGCCAUAAUACUAUUUUUUGACGCGUUUCGUAGUAUAGCGUGAAAUGUUUUUUCUUUCGCGAUAUAACAAGUUUACAGUAGAAAUGUUAGCGAUUUCGUUUUGUGCGUUUUCUGCACGAGGAUAUUGUGGAAAAGAUUUAGGUUGUGUAUAGUCAUUCUACCAGACGCUCUCACUUCGUAAUAAUCGAUUUUGAUAUUAAUAAUUAUUGUGUAUAUAUGUUUUUAACAAACAAUAAAUGUAUGUUAUUGUUUAAACAUGCACAAAAUGUACGUUACGGACGAGAUAAAUGCUUUAAUAAAUUAGGCCCAACGUUCAGUUUGUGAUCUGACACCUGAAAAUCCACACGAGUUUAUAGCGUUCACCGUCACUGAUUUUUCUUGGUCGGUCAUUUCACAUUAAGAAUUGUGUAUCCACGUUUUCAAUAAAUUGUAUGUAUAUUGCUUACGAUUAUAACAUUGGUGUAUUCUCGCAUAUUUGUCGUGGCUGCACUACGCAAAAAUAAAGCAAUCGUCUGGCAUUGCAAAGGCAUGAUUGUUGAUUUGUAUACUUAAUGG